AACCAGUCGCUUAACUCUUCCAACAUCAAGAUAGAGAGCCUCUCUCUUUGUUUUCAAAAUUUAAAAACUUCUCCGAGGAGUUGCAGAGUGAACGGAUGAGGUUUUAGAGGUAUGGGUAUCUUGUUUCUGUGAUGUCUUCGCCUCCAUUGGUGUUCCAGAAAUAUUGAUUAUUGGAUGUUAUUGAGGUUGAAUCUCGAUUCAGUAUGGUGGUACCUUUGUGAAACCCUAACUUGGGGCAGAAAGGGUUCUAGAUUUGUUUUUUAUGCUACUUGGAAAAUGAUGGUUGAAGAGAGAAAAAUUGAUGGUGGUUCUCUGGGCUGCUCUGCGUUGGUUCCUUGUGGGAAUGGUGCUGCCCUUAAUGGAUAUACAUUUGGGUCUGAAGGGCUUAAUACUGAUGUGAGCUUCGGGGACUAUUCAGAUGAGGGAUUACGUACUUACAAGCGUCGGAAACACUUGAGGCUGACCGCAGGUACUAAUCUGCAAGAAUAUGGAAGAUUUCCUUCUGAUGCGGCAAGUCAAGCUGACCAGUCUGUAAUGAAGUCAAAGGACAUAAUUCUACACAGGAAUUCCUAUGAGCUAGAUGGUUGUUCUAGAGUAGACAUCCCUGUUCUUCUAGAUGGUUCAGAUGAUUGCUCAAAUGGGCACUGGAGGAAUAUCGUACUUGAACUCAUCUUACAGUCCAUGAGUGUGAGUGAAGGUGGUAUUCAGAGCUGCAUCCAGGAAGCAGUCAUGUCCAGUUCCUGUAUUAUGUCUAAGAUAAAUUGUGCCUACCCUAAAAUUGCAUGGACCCAAGAACUUGGUCACUUCCAUGAAAACAGCCUUAAGACUGAGUCGCAGUUAAACGAGGACUCAAAAGUUCCAGACAGAUCUCAGAGUGUUUGUAAGGAGCAUGAGAAUGCUACUUCAAAUGGAUCCCAAAACGAGGCAAACGACCAAGCAGAUGUUCAUCAUGUCACUGAAUUGUGCCAGCAUGUUCUUCACAAUGUUAUGGUUUCGGAGAAGUUUGAUUUGUUGUGUAAGUUGCUAUGUGAAAAUUUCCAAAUCCAAGAGAUCAAGUUGGCCAACUUUCUAGAUUUUAGCGUCAUGAACUCCAGGAUGAAAGAUGGGGCUUAUGAACAGUCUCCUGUCCUCUUCUCUACAGACCUUCAACAGGUGUGGCAUAAGAUUCAGAAGAUUGGUAAUGAAAUGGUUAUUCUUUCAAAGGGUCUUUCAGAUAUAUCAAAGAACUCCUACAGUGCACUGGUUGGAGGGUCGAUACAUGGCGCUUAUGAAGAAGGGAAAAACGAGGAGAUCAAUCAUGUUGGUGAUGAACAAAAUGCUGAAAAACGAUUUUCUGUCCCAGAAUCUGACCAUGAAACUAAGCUGGAACAAGCAGAUGUACGUGGCACAGGAAAGAUAAAUAACUGCAGGCAAUGUGGUGUCAAAGCAGAUGGGAAAGAUCGCCUUGUUUGUGAUUCAUGUGAGGAGAUGUACCAUGUCUCUUGCAUUGAACCUGCUCUUGAAGAGAUCCCAUCAAGAAGCUGGUAUUGUGCCAACUGCACUGCAAGUGGGGUUGAAUCUCCACAUGAGAAUUGUGUUGUAUGUGAGAGGCUCAAUGAUGCCAGGACCCAUACCAAUGGAAGCGGGGAGACACUUCCAAUGGAAGAAGACAUGCUAAGUGAUUUGGAGGAGAGUUCAGAUUGUAGUAUGAAAGCUGAAGAUGGGCUUCAGUUGUCCAAUAGAAACAGAAGACUACGCUAUUGCAAACUAUGUGGAAUUGGGGAAGAGGAUAACCGACGAUUGCGGAUAUGUGGACAUCCCCAGUGCCCUAACAAAUACUACCAUCUCAGAUGCUUGACAACUGAACAAUUAAAAUCCUUUGGUCCCCGUUGGUACUGCCCUUCUUGUCUUUGUAGAGCUUGCCUCACUGAUCAAGAUGAUGAAAAAAUUGUUCUCUGUGAUGGCUGUGAUCAUGCUUACCACAUUUAUUGCAUGGAACCACCAUGUACUUCAAUUCCAAGUGGAAAAUGGUUUUGCAGCCAAUGUGAUGUUGGGAUCCAAGCAAUACAUAAGGCAAAGAGGGCAUAUGAGAAUUAUCUCGAGAAACACCAGAGGAAGAAAUUAGGUGGAUCAAAUGAAGCAGUUGGAUCAGUGGAUAUGCUGUUAAAUGCUGCUGAGAAGCUGAAAUGUGAGGAGAAAUUAGCCGCCACCAGGAAGAAAAGAUAGGUAGAGCAGAGUUUCUUAUAAGGAAGAAAGGCAAAAGAGAAAGGAAAGUAUAGCUUGUUCUAUUAUUCAUGAUGGUGAAUGUGGUCGUGUAUCAACAUCCUUAUCUGGCCGCUGUGUAGAAGUAUGGUGUGUGGCUCAUAGUUCGAUUGAAUGGGCUGCUACUUGAGCAUCAUUAUCAGUGACAAUCAUUUUUUGUUGGAGAAAGGGACAGGAGCCAUUCUCAUUAAGAAGCGGGGGUGCAAGAGCGAUGAAGAUUUAUAUUACUUGCCUGAGUGCAAUGGUAAGAAAGUAAAGCUUUGUGACAUACGUUACAAGGCUGGCUGGUGAAUUGUUGUAAAAUUAAGAAUUUGUUAUCAAAAUAACUUGUUACUUCGUGAUGAAAAAUUUGAAGAUGUUUUUGAGAUGAAAUCUUGUUGAUCUCA